ACGUACGCAGGGUCCCGUAAUACGGCCCGUACGCCUAAACGGGCUGGUGGUCGGGCCAUGCUCACUGACAGGGUUUUCGAGUGUUUGGCCCGUUCGGGGGGGUUGUGGGGGGGGGGGGGAAGGGGGACAGGCCUGGGCAGGACGGGCUUUGGCGCUGUCCACUGAGCUCCGCUCCGGCAUCUGUGGGCGGUGGGCUACCUGCAAGGCUACAAUGGCGCCCAAGAAAGGGAGGGGAGAUCAGCCAUUCGUUCCGUUCAGUAAAGACAAGCAGAAGGAGGCGGAGCUGAAGUUUUGCGGCUUUAAGUGGGUUAUGAAGGGGAAGCCUGAUGCCGAAUUCGAAUGGGAAUUUCCUCAUGGAGUGCAAGCUGUGUGGUCAGGGUUUUCAGGGGAGCCAGACGAAAGCCGCACAACACUUCACGAUCAAGAACAAUUGUGCCAAAAUCUCCGUGGAGCAGAUGGCGGAGAUAUGGAACAAGAUAAAGUACGGGUUCGAUCCAAGCCAUGCACGGAAGAUCGUGGACUUUCUGAAGUCUCGUGGGUUGCGAGACAACAGAUGUGGAUCGGGGAGGGAGCCGGCGGGGAAUGAGGAGUUUGAGGACAACGAGGAGGAGAGGAGGGCGGUCGAGGGUGGAGAUGAUGAUGGUGAGAGUGAUGCAGAGGACAUGGAGGAGCGGCGAGAGGUGGAGUGUGCCAGGGGAAAGUUGAGGAAGGAGAAGGCCGUUGAGGAGGACAGCACCCCUGACGAGGACGCCGACAACGACGAUGACGAUGAGGGAGCAGACCUUGGGGCCUCUCUGGAUGGGGAAUUGAUGGGCGAUGGCCGUCGUGGCCAAGAGGGGGCAGCUAGGGCGAUGAAGGAGGCUGAGGGAUUGAAGAAGAGAAAGAGGAAGGCGAAGAUGACUACCACUGAGGCAAGAUCAGCACCUUCUCAGCUGAAAAAGAGCAGAUGGUGGUACGUGAGUGGCAUCUCAUUCGAGGUGGCGAGGAGGCCAGAGUAUCAAAGGAUGAGGAAGAAGUUGCUCGAGUGUCUGUCGUAUGCACAUCCGGCAUUACCCACGCACCGUGUCAUUUCAUGCGAAGGCAUCCCUCAGCAGCAGCGAGUUGUGGCGGACAUGGUGGCGGCCAUCCGCAGGGACAUUGAGGCGACGGGAGCAACCAUCCUCACGGAUGGUCGCAAGUCCAUCACGAGCGACCAUAUAGUCAACUUCCUUGCUGCUAGUCCCACGGGCACGUACCUUUUCAGUACUGUGCAGCGGGAUGGUGCUGUUCAGGAGACAACAGAGGCCGUAGUGGAGCGAUGGAAGGACGUGUUCGACAAGUUAAGUGUCGACAAGGUGAACGCCAUUUGUACUGAUUCCGCGUCUGCGUAUGUUGCUGCGUGUCAUCACAUUAUAUGGCACCCCCACCACUUCCAACCUGCAUUGGCGAGAGGAAACUGGGUAAUGGCUACAAAAGAAGAAGGGGAGUGGCAAUUUUGCCUCCACAGACGUAUGUCACAAUCCAAGUUUGUCACACACGCCUUUAAUCCGAUUGGCAAGCGACGACUGCGACUUAAUCCGAAGGUUUCUCAAUCAAGACUGGAUGCAAGGACAGAAGAAAUUUUUCAGGAGUUCAAAACAUCUCGAUGGCUUGAGUAUCUGGAAGAGUUCUAUGAUCUAGAAACAAGUCAAACUUUUGGAUAUAAUUGGCGUAUCGAACAGGAACUUCAUGACAAAGCUGGGGAAAGGAAAGGAGUGAGCGGCGAUGAGAGUGGCAAGGGAUCGGGAUCAGGCAGCGGUGCGCUUGGCAAGGGAACAAGAUCAAGCAGUGGUGAACAUGAAAAGGGAUCGGAACCACGUGGCGGUGUCAAUGGCAAGGGUCUGGGACCAAGCGUCGGUGCAAGUGGAAAGUCGAUAAGUCAUGGUGAACUGCAAAAACACGAAAUGUGUUAAGGGCGUCAAGCAACAGAGGGAAAGGUAUCAGGACCAAGC